AUGUCUGGUUGUGUCCCUACUAAGUCAUUCUUUGUCAUAGAUACUCGGAAGCCUAGUCCUAUCCCGGAGGAACCGGAUGCUGAUGUCAAGAUGCUCGAUGAUGCUCCUACCGUGCCAAGCGCCGCCCCAGUGCCAUCUGAUGACGAUCACCCUGAGAACCAUUGGAUUGAACCCACGGAUGAUAGUAUCCUACCUCCCGCACCGUUUCAGGAGACACCAGAUGAGGUCCGGUACACUCCUGUCUAUCCGGCUCGCACUCAAAGGCCCCCCUCCCCUGCCACCACUUCCAUGCCCAUUCAGUCUCAUCAGCCUCCCCGUCAUCUAACUAAUGCAGAGAUUGAGACCAUGCUGGCCCAAAUUCAGAUUGAUAUGCAGGAGCUACGCACACAUGAUGAUACCAUUCACAAUGAUCUGUCUCGUCACAUCGACGAGCUGCGUGCUAACUAUAUAGAACAAUUCAGCCUCCAGAAGGGACUGGUGGGCAGAAUGGCGAGGUACUUGAGGGACAACCAAAGGGCUGCUGCAUCAUUGGUCACAACUCCACCCACAUUCAAUCCACCACCCAUUGUCAUCCCCGGUACCCCCAUAUUCCCUGAGUUUGGUUCCAUCAGUGCAUUAGGUCGCACUGUUACCAAUAAUAUCUUUACUCCGGAUGUGUUCUCGACUGGUGCCUGCCCCGCUGGAGAUGGCUCGCCAGUCACAAGGCAUGAACAAGCGCCCACAUCCAGCUCUACCUCCACAAUCAAUCCGGCCCCCACCAUCAGGGAAUCCAGUUUACCCAUUCAGCAGGUUGUGGCACUGCCAGUGCCAACUCACACGGUCCCAACGGAAUCCAUGCCUUCCACCAGCACCAUUUGCAUGUUGGUCACUGGGUCACCAAAUGUACUCAAGGAUGGUCAGUCUGUCUCGGCUCCCUUGCCACAGCGCUUAUUUGCGCCUCAAUCACGCCUACAAGGUCGGUUGGUCAGUGCUAGGCAUGCGAAGAAUUUGUCCGGGGAUGGGCCCAAGUAA